CCGUGUUUCGUUUUUCUAUUGUGAUUUUCAUUCAUUUCUGCUUCUUUCCAGAUGGCAACAACGCGGCGGGAACCGACCACGCUGGUCACCGCGCAACCCGACGACACCAUUACCUCUGUGCUGCAGCGCGUGCUGGAAGCCGAGAAGCAGUCGCGCGUCGCCCUUGCGCAGCAGCCAAACCGGAUGGGAAUGUGGCACUUGAACGAGGUGCCCCGCGAAGAGCCCUUUCCAUUCCACAUUGACGACCCCAAUGACGCAGCAGACGACGAGGGCGACGACCGGGCGGAUGGCGAGCAACAGGCGAAUGAUGCUGGCCGGGACGGCGAGCAGGAGGAGGGCAUUGAGCGCGGCGCUGCUGAGCGCGGUGAUGACGACGCGGAGGAUGAUGAUGAUGAUGAUGAUGGUGCCGAGCUUGCCCGACGGCUCCACGCUGCGCUGUCGACCCUGCCGCCGAACGAGAGGCCGACGUUUGUGCUGACGGGAGACAGGAAUGACCUGCCUGAAGCCAUCCGGCGCUUCAUUGGCCCCAUCUCGGACGCGGAUCGAGAGAUGCUCCGGCGCCUUGAAGCCAGCCUGCCGCUGCCGAGGACGACAACGGCAACCGUGAAUGCUGCCGCUGCCGCUCCUGCCCGCGACCCGCGCCUGCCACCCUUUGCUGCGGUCGCGCCGAGGCGACGCCGGGCCCAGGCUUCGGGCGUGCCGUCGCUCGUCCAGCUCGCUACCAGCGCCGUUGCUUUAGCUGUCCCACGCUACUAUGACGAGCUGCAGUGGCUUCCGUCGUUGCGAGCAGUCGGUCUGCUGGCCCAGAUGCACCAAGACUCGUUCGAACACUGCCAUCUUGCAGUGUACUUGUUCUCGCUUUGCACCAACUGGAGCUUCCUCGCCAAUGUGACGCAAGUGAAGGCGCAUCGACGCGUUUUAGCCAAAUGCUUGCAGCAUUUACGCGAUGCAAACACAUCUCGUCUUCGGUACACGGCUCGUGUAGAGUCGCUGCCUGAGAUGCCCGCGGGCUUGCCGCGACUUCCGUUCGCACCGUGUGUCAGCGAGAGGGCGCCGCCAGGUUACAUCCAUUUCACCCUGGCCGAAGAGAUUGGUGGGGCUGUGGCACGAUGUGUCUCCAACUAUGUGGGUUCUGUGGAGUCGGGCUCAACCUCCUUCGCGAGCUUAGAAGAAGCCAACCAGGCGCUCAAUGUUGUGCGAGACAUUGCUGCCGUGUUUGAAGACUUGCUGUGGAGCCCUGAAGCCGUGUUGGUCUUGAACCAAGCGCUCCGUUUGCUGGAGCUGAUCUCCAAGCGAUGCACAGACCCAGAGCACCCCGGACGGUUUGGAUGCUCCACUCAGCAGCUCUUCCACAUGCGCUAUCGCUCUCGAUACGAGCUUGAAAUGCGGCUGGGCCGCUCGUACGAGCUGCACUGCCAGUUCCGCGAGAGUGCUGAAGCGUUCCAAAGCGCCGCAGAAACAGCACACGCUGCGCAUCAAGAGGGCAUCUUCAUCUGCACAGCCUUGUUGACAAGUCGCUUGGCCACGCUCUAUUUUGCGCUCAGCCGCUAUCGUGAUUCAUUCCCCUUGUGUCUUCGCGCAUUGCGAGAAGUGCAGGCCAUUACUGGAGAUCGAUCGUUUGAGAUCCUGCAAGAUGAAGAAGAGCCUGCUGUCGAACAGACAGUGUUCUUGGAAGCCAUCCCGCUGAUAAAGAGGCCUGAUGGCUCGGCAAAUGUGAUGCCACCUCGCCUUAGGAGUUCACAGAAACCCAUCGCUCAAGUUGCUGCCGAAAUUAUUCACUCGGUGAUUUCAUCAGGCAUGCUGAUUGCGCCGACCGAGAAUGAAAUGCCCCAGCUGCAGCUCUCGCCAGUCGAGCUGAUUGAAAUUUUCCGGUACGCCUCGCGCAUCCACGUUGCCAAGCGCCACUUUGGUCUUGCGCGCACGUACAUUGAGAAGGCUCUCAAGAUUGCCGAUGCGCACUUUGCUCCAUCCCAUCCCAUUGCUGCCACUGUCUUUGCGGACUUUGGCUAUCUGCUUCUCAACAUUGAUGAGGUGGGCCAGGCUGUGGCAGUGCUCCGUCACUGCUUGUCAUUGCAGCGACGAGUGUACGGCGAUCAAAGUUUGCACGUUGCCGCUGCUGACCUGGAACUUGGAUACAGCCUGUACGUGCAAAACUACACAAAUGGCGCCUUUGCGUCUGCUGAACAGCACGUGUCACGGUCACUGGCCAUUCGCAAACUUAUGCUGCCCACUGACCACGUUCUGCAAGCCUUUGCUCAGCGAGUGCUCGGCUUGAUCAAGGAGGAGAUGGGCAUUGAUGUGUCUGAUGAAUUCGAACCUGGCCGACGUCAGCUCUUGUUGGACGAGUCCAAGCAGCUGCAGACUGCUGGUCUCGGCUCUUGCCUCGAAGUUUUUGGCGAGGAGAGCCUCAUCACGGCCAAGUAUUACGGAAAUCUCGGGCGCCUGUUCCAGACUUUGAAGCAACCCGCCGAUUCGGAGAUUAUGCACCUGCAAGCGAUUGCCAUCAAAGAGCGUGUGAUGGGUGUGAACGACUUUGAAGUCGCACUGUCCGUGGGGCAUCUGGCGUCUCUCUACAACUACGAUGUCGGCCUGUAUGAGGCGGCAGAGGAGCUGUAUUUGCGAUCCAUCUCAAUUGGCAUCCAUCUUUACGGUGAAAGCUACAGCGGCUUGGAGUUCGACUACAUGGGUCUCAUCCAUGUAUACGAGCAUCUUGGCAAUGCAGAACGAGUAGCCUGGUACAAUAACACGCUGGACAAGUGGGAUCGCCUUCGGCUCGACAACCAUCCCGCUCGCGCUGACGACUACGACCCCACGCUUGACCACGAGGAUGACGAUGCCUCAUGGAUCGACGAGGCAAGUUGACGAGUGCCUGCCAGUCAGUACAAUGACGAAGGAAGGAGACUAGGGACCGCUUCUUUUUCGUUUUGUAUUUGUUGUUAAAAAACAAAAAACACGCAAUACACCACAAUAAUACAAUCAAAAACA